GCCAACGGAAUAUAUCGCGCGGUGGUAGUUGUGUGAAUAACUAAGAAAAACAAACAAACAUACAAACCCUAACUAACCCUCUUACACGCAGUGGUAUGUGACAGUAAUAGGAAAAAAGAAAUGCAAAAUUCUCAUUGGAAUUUAGGUGCGGAAAAUGCAAAUGUGGAAGUUGUGCAACAAUUAGCAAAGUCAAUCCAGUGAUAAUUUUCUUUGUCAUAAGACGAAAACGAAAAGAAAAUACCAAGGAAAGCAUUAACUUCCACCCAAAGACGGGGAGCAGCAUUUUGCCACCAAACGGGUGUGUGCGUGUGUGAGUGUUUAAGAGUGGGCCGUUGUUAUUCCGUUUCUUUUUGUUGCGUGCGUACAUGUGUGUGUUUACGAGUGUUUUUUUUUUACUGUGUAUUCUUUAUGCCUCUUUAAGCAUUCAAUGAAGCAACGUGCAUUUGCCGCUGCCGUCUUUGCUGACGCCGCUUUUUAAGGCUCAUUUGAGUUUGUGCUUGUCACUACCGGGUGCUUUCAUUUUGGGGGAGGCUGCUCCAAUUUUUGCCAAUGGAGCUGGCGACAUGUGUUUUACAACAUCAACAAUAGAAACAACAGCAACAACAGCAAGAAAAGAAGAGUCGUAGCUUUGCCAGGCAAAACUACCAAACAAAAGAAUUGAAUUUUUCCCUUAACAAAAGGAAAUCAUAAGAAGAAGAAGUAUAAGAAAAUAUAAAAACUCUGCCCGUAGAAGGUGACAAAUACUAGAAAAAAACCUGUUGGUGAAAAUCUAUCUAGAGCAUAACGUGAAGCCACUCACUCAAUGAACACGCAGCCAGUUAGUUUCCAACGGCGACAACAACAGCUGCACUAGACGAUUAAAGGAUUUUCUAAGCAAAAGGAAACAGAAAAACCCCAAAGCAAAAAUAAGAAAAAACGGAAACAACAAAAAUCGAUUGCUCCCAUUCUGCAAAGUUAAGCAGCAGCAGCAUUAAGGGUAGCAACAAACGAGAAACGUUAGUGUAAAAAAACAAAGAAACGUGAAGUUGCAUUAAAACCAAAACAUAAGUGUUUAAGUUUAUAAAAAGAAAUUAAACAAAAUUUAUUAAAUACUUGUAAUGUGAAAGAGUGAAGUUUGUCAAACAAAUUUAACAAUUCAUCAACCACCACCAUUCUGUCUGGCUUUGCUUUUACAUUCAGUGUAGUGCAUGGUGGCAUGACUCACUUGAGAAACCCUCAAAGAUAAACAAUAACAACAAACCCCAUAUAAAGAGUAACAACAAAAAAAAAAAAAACCCCAACAUACCACAUCACAACAAAUGGCAACUGCAUUGAGGGCCAGCCUGGCGAAUUGUCAAAAUAUACAGAGAGAGAGUGUAUGUGUAUUUGUGUAUUUAUAUGAAAGUUGUCUGUCACUGAGAGAAGGCAAAACAAAAAACACUGAGUAAGUGCCAGAACUCCAAACCAAAAAAUAAAGAGAGAGAGCCAUUAGGUAGCAAAGGGGCUCGUUAGUGCAUUAAAACAAUUCAAUUCAAUUCCAUCAAAUCAAUUCAAUUGUGGUGUGGUGUUUUUUUUCUCAUGGCGUUACUGUAAUUGCAUCAUCGUGGUGUUUUACAACAAAAACAACAGCAACAACUACUCCCCAUUAGAAGCUACAAAACAUAAAAUAUCAACAAUACGGAUUCAGUGUUUACAUUCAUGUUGUUUUUGUAAUAGCAAAAAAAAAACAAAAUUUUGGGGUAAGCCAAUGAUUAAGCAUUUGUGUGAAUGCUGCUUUAAACCCAACUAAAAUUUUGUAAACGUAAAGCCGUUUUUUUUUAUUUCUUAAACAUUGUGUCGGUUCGAGGUCUUUCCGUUUUUUUGAGUUUCGAAACAAAAAUUCAAGGCAAUGAAAAACCAUAAGAAAUAUGCGAAAUUACCCCAAGAUUUAGAUUUAAGUUUUCAAGAACAAUUGGAAAUUGAUACUGCCGUCACGGAUGAUUUCAAUUUGAGUGCCGGUUCCGGUCUUGAUGAGGACGACGAUAAUAUUUUGGACGAUCACGAAGAAGUAGACGACGACGGUGAUUGUGACGACGACGACGAGGAGGAAGACGAAAUUGUUAUAGCCACUGCAGCAGCAGCGGUCACUGGCCUGGUUGGUACUGGAUCAGGAGCAAGAUUGGCCAACGCCGCCGCCAUUGCCAGAAAACAGCAGAUCAAUCGAAAAGUUUUAUCCGGACUGGGAAGAGAUAGUGUAAUUGAGACGGGUUCAACAUUAACCCCUGAAAUGUUACUCACCACAGCAGAAGCCUCUACAUUCAGUGCCUCCGAGGUAGCGGGCCGUUUACAAGUCGAUGUUCGUUCUGGUCUAAAAUGGACCGAGGCCAAGUAUCGGGCGAAAAUCAUUGGCCAAAAUGAAUUAAAUGUCAUCGAGGAGGAGCCUACAUGGAAGAAAUACAUAGAACAAUUUAAGAAUCCCCUUAUCCUGCUAUUGCUCGGCUCAGCCUUGGUGUCGGUGUGUAUGAAACAGUAUGACGAUGCCGUUAGUAUAACGAUAGCCAUCAUUAUUGUGGUAACAGUAGCUUUUAUUCAAGAAUAUCGUUCGGAGAAAAGUCUCGAAGAGCUCAAGAAAUUGGUACCGCCCGAGUGUCAUUGUUUGCGCGAGUCCAGAUUGGAAACAUUUCUGGCGCGAGAACUGGUGCCAGGCGAUGUGGUUCAUUUGAAUGUGGGAGAUCGGGUGCCGGCAGAUGUGAGACUCUUCGAAGCCAUUGAUUUGUCCAUUGAUGAGUCUAGUUUUACAGGGGAAACCGAACCCUCAAGAAAGUGCACCGAUAUGCUUUUGAAUAGCAUGGGCAAUAAGGAUCACACCAAUAUGAAGAAUAUAGCCUUCAUGGGCACUUUGGUGCGUUGUGGCAAUGGCAAGGGCAUUGUGGUGAGCACUGGCGAACGCAGUGAAUUUGGUGAGGUCUUCAAAAUGAUGCAGGCCGAAGAAGCCCCCAAAACCCCUUUGCAGAAGUCCAUGGACAUUUUGGGAGCCCAGCUGAGUUUCUAUUCGUUCCUCAUUAUUGGAGUCAUCAUGCUACUGGGUUGGCUACAAGGUAAACCCUUGACGGAAAUGUUUAAUAUCUCUGUCUCUCUGGCAGUGGCUGCCAUUCCCGAAGGUUUGCCGAUAGUGGUCACUGUCACUCUGGCCCUGGGAGUUAUGCGUAUGGCCAAACGCAAUGCCAUUGUCAAAAAGUUGCCCACAGUUGAGACGCUGGGCUGCGUCAAUGUCAUAUGCUCCGACAAGACCGGUACUCUGACGAAAAAUGAAAUGACCGUCACUGUCAUCAUCACCUCGGAUGGCUAUAUGGCCGAUGUCACGGGAGCCGGCUACAAUGACCAGGGUGAAAUACACAUUCGCAAUUGCAAUAAUGUGGAAAUGGCCAAGACCAAUAUUACCAAUCUACUAGAAAUUGGAGCUGUGUGCAAUAAUGCCUACAUCCAGAAUGGCACCCUGUUGGGCCAGCCCACAGAGGGAGCCCUCAUAGCGGCGGCCAUGAAGAAUGGCAUGUACGCCACCGCCGAGAAUUAUGUUCGAAUGCAAGAAUACCCCUUCUCCUCGGAGCAAAAGAUGAUGGCCGUCAAGUGCAUACACAAAUACAACAAUAACAAGGAGGAAAUCUACUUUGCCAAGGGCGCCCUCGAUAUGCUCCUGCCUCAGUGCACCAAAUAUAAAUUUGGCUCACAAACGAUGCCAUUGACAAAACAGAAUGAGGCGGAAUUCUUAGCGGAAGCUUAUGAAAUUGGUCGUAAAGGAUUGCGGGUUUUGGCAUUGGCCAAAGGCAAAAAUCUUCAAGAUCUGGUCUACUGCGGCUUAGUUGGCAUCACAGAUCCCCCGCGACCCCUGGUGAGGGAAUCAAUUGAGUUGCUCAUGCAAAGUGGCGUGCGAGUGAAAAUGGUGACGGGCGAUGCUCAAGAGACAGCAAUGGCAAUUGCUAGCCUCAUUGGCAUUGACACCAUUCACCAUCAGACUCUAUCUGGCCAGGAGAUUGAUCAACUCAAUGAACAUCAACUGGACAAGGUUUGCAAUAAUGUCAGUGUAUUUUAUCGCGUUACACCACGUCACAAACUUUCGAUUGUGAAAUCGCUGCAGCGUACCGGCAAUAUAGUCGGCAUGACUGGAGAUGGUGUAAAUGAUGGAGUUGCUUUGAAGAAGGCUGACAUUGGCAUAGCCAUGGGUAAAAAUGGCACCGAUGUAUGCAAGGAGGCUGCCGACAUGAUAUUGGUCAAUGAUGAUUUUCACACAAUAAUAGCCGCCAUUGAGGAGGGCAAAGCCAUCUUCUAUAACAUACGCAACUUUGUGCGUUUCCAAUUGAGUACUUCUAUAGCGGCUUUGUCUCUGAUUGCCUUGGCCACUCUUAUGGGUAUAGCCAAUCCUCUGAAUGCCAUGCAGAUUUUAUGGAUUAAUAUUAUCAUGGAUGGCCCACCGGCCCAGAGUUUAGGUGUGGAACCUGUCGAUCAUGAUGUCCUUAAGCAAAAGCCUCGAAAUGUCAAACAACCCAUGAUUACCAAAUCGGUUAUAGUCAAUGUUUUGCUGAGUGCCAGCAUUAUAAUAUUGGGCACUUUGUGGGUAUUCCAGAGGGAAAUGGUAGAUGGCUCUUUGGGUAAGACCAAACGAGACACAACCAUGACAUUUACCUGUUUCGUAUUCUUCGAUAUGUUCAACGCUCUCUCCUGCCGCUCACAAACAAAAAGUGUUUUCACCAUUGGCCUAACCUCGAAUCGCAUGUUCCUAAUGGCUGUGGCUUUCUCAAUAAUAGGCCAAAUGCUGGUCAUCUAUUUCCCACCCCUGCAAAUGGUAUUCCAGACCGAGGCCCUCUCGGCCUAUGACAUACUCUUCUUGUUGUCGCUGACCUCCUCCGUGCUGAUUGUGCAGGAGAUCAAGAAAUGGUUCGAGCGCACCAUGGAACGCAAAAUGUACAAGACACGCUCCGAGUUGGAUUUUGUAUGACAAAACGAAAGCGCUGGAACAUUGUUGACCAAAAAAUCGAAUUGAAUUCUCUUCUCUCUACACACAGAGAAAGAGAGAAAUUUUGAAUAAUUUUUGAAAAUCACAAAUUUUGAGUUCUUAAGGAUAAUAGAUGAAACAAAAACAGAAUAUAAUACAGAUUGUAUGUCUAUGGUUUGUUUGUAAUUGUUUAUAAGAAGGACGAAGAAGGACUAAGGAAAUGAGAGGAGCAAGAUAAACACACAAAAAAACAAAGCUCAAAACUGUGUAAAGCAACAUAGAAAUGCUAAGAAAUAGCAAAGGAGUGAGAUGAAGUGAGAUUUAAAAUCAAAUUUGGAUAAAGGAUUAUGCCAGCCAAACUGUAAUCCCGACCUAGAGAGCAUUUAGGCAUUUAUAGUUCAUUUCACUAUUUGACAGUUUUGGUUUUUGUUUAGUUCUAGUCCCCUAUAAAUUUCCUACCCUCGAGAUCAGUGAUUGGCCAACAGUUAUUAACAAAAUCCCUAACAACAACAAGUCAUUGGCAGUUUUCUUAACAAUAAGGAGAGCAUAUUCUGUUUUUUUAAGCAAAGAAUUUUUUUCCUCGUCUUAUUUAUGUUUUAUGUUCGACUUUAGUUUCAUACACUUAAGUUUGCUAGUUUAGUUCUCCCCUCCCUCCCCCCUUGUAUGUAUUUGUUGUAAGUAAAUCACAACUAGUUAUAGUGAAUGGACGGAUCAUGAUGAUCAAUGAUAAAAAAAAAAUCAUUUCAUUUUUAAAUAGCAUUAUUUAUUGGAUCUUUUUGUUGCAUUUUUAUAUUCUUUUUCACUGUUUUUCGCUCUCAUUUGCUUAUAUUAUAUUUAAAAUUAUUUUUCCAUAGUUUUUUAUGAAAUUGUAUUGUUUCGCUAUAAGUUUAUUUUCUAAGUAGUAAAAUUUUUCUUUCCUAAUUCGAAUUAUGUAAAAUAUAAUAAAAGUUUAAUUAAAAAAGUCACAAAUUAAGAAAAAAAGAGGGAUUUGUUAAAUUGAAAAUUUUUGUAUUAAAAUUUUUCAGACAUAAAUUUAAUUAAAAAAUUGUCAAAGGAUGGGCGAGCGGGAAAAAAGGUUAAAUUUAAAAUUGUUAUUCAAAUAAUUGUACUGCGUGUUUAUAAUAAAGGAAAAUAGUGUGAUAGAGCUCGGUUGAGAUGCUUCUCCGUCAACGAUAAAAUAAGUCUCUGCUGCACUCAUCUUUAUAGCAUUUUACAGCUGUCCAGAGUUGCCGCCUGGUGUAAUUCAUAAGAGUAGCCAUCAUCCAAAAAAAUGGAUGACAACUUGGCCAGCCAGACAAUAUCUCGUCCUCGAGUCCCAAGGGCUCUUCGGAAUCAUCCUCAUGAUGGCCAUCUUUUUGGUACACUUCUUCAACCUCUGGACACAAGGCACACCAUGGCUUCAUCCUGUCACUGCUGGCCACAGUGCUGAAUUGACGUUAAUUGCGCGAUACUCCCUUGAUGUCUUCAAUGACGUUUCUGUCGAAUCGCAAAACUUUCUUGACGAUGUAUCGGCCUCUGUACUUUAUUUGACAGACUUUAUUCAUAGAACUGUCAAAUAAACCUACUUUUAAGCAUCAAUAAGUUUUGUGUUUAUGGGCAUUAGUCGCAGCAUUGACCGACGCAUUGAUCUUCCAUUGUACAUAUCUGAGUUUGUUGUCGCAGACCUUGGAAUUCGUUGAAGUCCUCAGGAAAUAGUCUAGUCCACCCGUUCGACCAACCCAUUUGCUCGGGGUGUUCGUACUGCAACCUCGGCAAACAUCGACUAUGUAAAGGUUGUUCCUCGAUCAGUCACUAUUCGUCUUGGCAAAUCAAAGUUUAGCUGGUUUAGCGCGUACAGCACUGGCUUCGUCUUCGUUGAUCGAAUAGGAAUAGUCGCAGAGUAAUGAGUCAUUGCAUCAAUAAUCGCCAAUAUAUGCUCAUUUCCACGUCGACUUUUAAUGAAAGGACCCGUGGGGUAUCCCUCUUCUCGGCUAAAACAGCAUUCGAAACACGAUUCCAUGAAGCCUUUCACAUAGUUCCUCAUCCGUUUGAACCAGAAUUGUUGCCCUAUCUUCUUAAUGGUUCCAUCUACUCCUGGGUGCCUCAACUUCAUCAUGGGAUUGUCAAACUAUUCUCCAUCGUAAACCAUUUGGAAUGACCAACAGGUCCUUAAAGUAAUGCGUCUGCUGAGAUGAAACAACUUCAACUCUCAUAGUGGCCAUUAUCUGCACAAGCUCAGGAUUCUGCUUCUGCAUCGUCUAAAUUCAGGCACCUGUCGUAACGGCUAUCUGCAUCAGCUUCGCUGUUAAGUCUUCUGGGUCUGCUUUCUCAUCCACGGGAGGUCUACACAUCGCGUCGACAUGCGUCAUGGGCUUUCCCGGAUGAUGGCAAGAGUUAAAAUCAUAUUUGUGCAGCUUUAACAACCAACGCGACACACGUGGAACCAUCGGUGUCAUGGUUUUCAUACUCGAAAUGGCAGAGCAUUCAGUGUAAACAGUAAAAUGUUUUCCAAGUAGCUACAUUCUGAAUCGAUUACACGCUUCCACUAGCGCAAGAACCUCUAACUCAUAUGCAUAGUUUUUUACUCUCCGAACCGCUGCACAUUUGACUAAAAUAGCCAAUUGGUCUUCUUGACCCGUUAUCUUCAACCUGGAUGAGAAUUACGACAAAUUCUAUGAUACUCGCAUCUGUGCGCAGUUCUUGAUUCUUAUUGAUAUCGUAAAUAUCCA